GUAACAUUAUUCCGCCGGUAGUGAACGGAAGACGACUCGUAUAUAAUAUUAUAUAUUAUAUAUAGUAUAGCGAACGUAAAUUGCGAGGCAUCACGACUAUAUAGUGAACAUGUCGGAGAAUAAUCUGUCACCACUGCUCAUCGCAGUUUUUGCGUUAUUUGUAUCAGUGAACGCAACAAUUCCUGACUACAUACACACAUGCAAGCGAACCGAUCCGAAGAUAGAGGAAUGCGUGAUAAACAGCCUUAAAAAUCUGAGGCCACAAUUGACUAAAGGAAUCCCGGAGUUUGAAAUGCCGUCAAUUGAUCCCCUUAAAAUGCCCCACAUAAAUCUGAACCUGGGUCCUGGUUUCAAGGCCGAGGGCGAAGACCUGCUGAUAUCAGGGGCAAAAGAUUUUGAAAUCCAGAAUUUGGUCGUAAAUCUCAAGGAGGAUAUCAUCAUCAUUGACCUUUUCAUAAAGAAAUUAAUCGCGAGAGGAAUCUACGAAAUCGACGGAAAGAUUGCGUCGAUACCGUUGAAGGGCACAGGUCCCUUGUUUUUGAGCGGAGACACCGUUACUGUCCACGUAGUCUUACAUGGCAAGAAGGUCAACAAGAAUGGUCAACUGCGCUACUAUUUUCCGUCAAUGGACCUAAAGUUGAACAUCGUUGACUACGAUCUGAAGCUGGAGGGUAUAGGUGGUGGUGAUCCGACCCUCGGAAAAGUAACCAACCAAGUUCUGAAGGAUGAAAAAGCCAGUAUAAAGCAGACCCUUGUACCGGCCAUCGAGAAGUCGCUCAGCGAGUAUCUUUUGAACGCUGCUAAUAACAUAUGCAAGCAUUUCACGUAUGAUGAGCUGUUUCCUGCAUCGUAGUUAAGAUAUGCAAUUGUUUUCAACGUGUAUGUGCGAAAUAUGUUAUUAAUUUUAUUAUGUAUCGUUGGAUGUGAUAGCUUUUCGAAUAAACGUACAUGUUUUAUAUA